AUGGGUAUCAAGCAACUGUACCACGUCAUCGCAGAGGAGGCGCCUGACGCCAUCAAGACUGGCGAAAUCAAGAACCACUUUGGCCGGAAGGUCGCUAUCGUGAGAUGCGUAUGGACCUGCUCCUUGUUUCCGGCUCGGACGUCCACUGACUCGAACAGCUCGAUGAGCAUCUACAGCUUUCUGAUUGCAGUUCGUUCCGAUGGCCAACAGCUCAUGUCCGACACGGGGGAAACCACGUCGCAUCUCAUGGGCAUGUUCUACCGCACUCUCCGCAUGGUCGAUAACGGUAUCAAACCACUCUACGUCUUCGACGGUGCCCCGCCCAAACUGAAGUCCGGCGAAUUGGCAAAGCGCUUUGCACGGAAACACGAGGCCAGUGAACAACACGAGGAGGCAAAAGAAACCGGGACUGCGGAGGAAGUUGAGAAGUUCUCAAGACGGACUGUCAGGGUGACCAGAGAGCACAAUGAGGAGUGUCGAAAACUGCUCAAGUUGAUGGGAAUCCCCUACAUUAUCGCUCCCACCGAGGCGGAAGCACAAUGUGCGGUCCUGGCGCGCGCCGGGAAGGUGUAUGCGGCGGCAUCGGAAGACAUGGACACAUUAUGCUUCAACACGCCGAUUUUACUGCGACACUUGACCUUCAGUGAACAGCGAAAGGAGCCUAUCCAGGAAAUCCACCUCGACAAAGCCCUGGAGGGAUUGGGCAUGGACAGGACCCAGUUUAUCGACAUGUGUAUUCUCCUGGGUUGCGACUACGUGGAUCCCAUCCCCAAGAUUGGGCCAAAUACUGCAUUGAAGCUCAUCCGCGAGCAUGGCUCACUUGAGAAGGUAGUCGAGUUCAUCGAGAAUGACCCCAAGAAGAGAUACACGCUGCCAGAAGAUUGGCCAUACAAAGAUGCGAGGGAACUUUUUAUCCGCCCUGACGUUCGGUCGGCCGAGGACCCCGAGUGCGACUUCAAGUGGGAGGCGCCGGAUGUGGAAGGUCUCGUCAAGUUCCUCGUAAAUGACAAGGGCUUCAACGAAGAUCGCGUCCGGAGUGCGGCACAGAAACUGCAGAAGAAUGUUAAAACAGCGCAACAAUCCAGACUGGAAGGAUUCUUCAAGGCCGUGCCAAAGACGGAGGCUGAGAAGAAAGAUUUGAAGCGCAAGCACGACGAGAAGAUAGCCGAAUCCAAGAAGAAAAAGAAAGACGAAGUCAAGACGAAAAAGGAGUCCAAGGCGAAAACACACAUCUCGAGAUGA